AUGCAUACUCGCGUUUUUCAAUCUGAAAAUGCGUCCGUCAAGCCAUUGGUCCUUUUUUAUGAGGACGACAGUGUCUUCUCGAAUUUCCAUCCGGCCAAAUUCACAACGAAUCCGUUGUUUGGAGAGGACGACGGAAAGUCGAUCGAUUUUACGUGUAGUGAACAAUAUUUCAUGUAAGUAUUUCAUAAUAUUUCAUAAUAUUUCAUGUCACACCCUUUUUUUCUGAAUCCUUUUCGAACAAAGCGAAAAACCGCGAAAACAUUGGCAGCUGUUCCGAAACAAGUUGUUUCCAGGUAUCACAAAGCUCUCCUCGUCGACGAUUCCAGUUCGGCAAUGCGAAUUUUGAGAGAAACUGCUCCGUUGACGAUGAAAAUGAUCGGAAGACAACUCGAAAUGAGCAGGGAACAGUUGAGAGAGUCAGUUUCGGAAACAGAUAAUUUUCCCUUGAAGCCAAAACGAAUUUUGACACUGAACAUGUUUGGCUCUCGAUUUUUGUGCAAAUACUUUCAGAUGGUCCGUAAAGUCUCGAGAAGUCAUGUACAAAGCAUGUCUCGAGAAAUUUGCCCAAAAUCCGGCUCUUCUGAUCCAACUGCUCCGAACUCGUGGAAUGAUUCUGGUGGAGGCAUCGGCAAACGACGCCAUCUGGGGAAUCGGUUCGUUUUUCGAUAAAACUAUCGAUAGAUAAAUGAAACAAAUCCACAGGCCUCGAUAAAUUUGAUGAACGUGCUCAAAAAGUCGAAAAAUGGAUGGGAAAAAAUUGGCUCGGCGAAAUUUUGGACCGAAUCCGCGAGGAACUGUGGUCCAAAUCGGAAUUUAGGUACUUCGACGAUAAAAUAAAAUUGUGUCAUGUUUUAACUGAAUUUCAGUGCGGAAAGACGUCAAGCCGAGUCGGAAGACCUUCCGACAAGAUGUCGCUUUUUGCAAAACCCUUAAUAUACCCCUGAAAACAGUUCCGUGAUAUUGUUUAUUUCCGAAAAUUUCCGCUGAUACUUUGAACCCGGUGAAAUAAACAAAAAACAAGAAAAGUUUACGAAUUUCUGGAAAUUUGAUAUCGUAAAAGUAUUGGGCCGUAUAAAAAUGGACCCAACGAGAGUAUUUUAUCAUUUCCAAACGAAUAUUAUGAAGUUCUUGCUCGUCGCCUAUUUUCAUUGGCUCAGCCAUCAGUGCUCCGGCUGGAAAAGACGUGGAGCCGGUGGCGGUGAAGAGAAACGAAAAAGCGCUGACUGUGGAGGCGUUUGACGGAUACGUCGGCCUUCUGAAGAUGUUCAAGGACUUUUUCCCCGGAGAUCUCGUUUCGGCUGUUGACAAUGUGAGUUUAUCGAAUUCUCCAGAUGAUUUCGGUUUUUUUGAGCGUUGGCGGGAAGCUGUAGCAUUUUUUUGAAAAAAGUUACGAUUUUUCAAAGUUGAGCAACGUUUUUCUCGAAUCGCUGGGUCAAUCGGCAACCGGGACGCUUUGCAACUGCCCAUGCCGGUUGCAAAACGUCUCUCUGACUGAAAAAUAGCCAAAAAAAGAGGAGAAUAUUGAACUGAACCCAAUUUUCCAGCUGAACAUCACGCAGAAAGGCGAAGUGGUCUCGUUCCUCUCCAACUGGUUCCAAGAUCAUCUGCAGACGCCGAACACGACUUCGGAAGUGGUGGAUCUGCUCAAAACGCAUCUUCCGUCCGUCUACGACCGCAUUCACACCCUCAACACGACGUUCUACACCAAAUUCAACGCGCUCAAGCCCGAAUCGCAGACGAUGCUGCGCGAGUGGAAGGCCAAGGCGGUCGGUCUGUUCGGGGACCGUCCCGCCGGCGAGUCGGCCGCCCAGAACCUCCAGCUACUACGCGACUUUGCCACAAGCAUCCGCGACGUCGAUCCCAGCAUCCGUGACGACCUGAAGACGCAGUUCCCGUCGGCGGUCGCUCUCACCGAGGGCUUGGGCUUCACCGUCUUCACCACUCUGGUCAUGGUCGUUCAGAAGAUUCUCGAAGCGGCCGCACAACCGGCGCAGGCGAUUCUGGCCACCGGAAUACCUGUCGAGUGCGCUCUGCCCUUGGACUGA